AUGAUGCAGUGGCAGCAAUGGCCCCAACAGGGGCAGCAACAACAGUGGGGGCAGCCGCAGUGGGGGGUGCAGCAGUGGGGAGGGGGAGUUCAGCAGGCCCAGUGGGGUGGCGGAGGAGGACAACCCCAAUGGGGACCGCAGCAACAACAGGGCGGCCAGCAGCAGCAGUGGCCACAGCAGUUCGGAGGAUCCCAAGCCCAAGCCAACAAUGAUGGCUACAUCGUCUGUUGUGUACCCGUCAUGAAUGGGAUGCAGCAGAACAUGCAAGGAAUGCAAAUGCAGGGUGGGCAGAUGAUGAUGGGCAUGGGACAGCAGAUGCAAGGAAUGCCUGCACAGGGCGGGCAGAUGAUGAUGGGAAUGGGUAUGGGCGGUGUCAUGACACCGGUCAUGAACCAAGGAUUUCAAGGUCAGUUCAAUGGCGACUUCAAGGGCAACUACAAAGGCGGAAAGGGCGGUGGAAAAUUCAACCGAACCGGCCUUAGCCCAGAUGAAGAUGCGAAUUGGCGCUCAAGACCCUCUCCGGGAGCCCCCGUCGGAAAGGGCCCUGCAGAUUCAGCGAUGUAUUUGUCGCGCUCGGCCGUCACCUCCUCGAUGAAAAGACCUAAAGAGGGAGCGGGGCCUUUCAAAGCAGAUCUUGCAGUACCUUCACCUGAAGCUUCUGAGGCGCCAGCUUCUUUCUAA